CAUUACUGUAUGUUUGAUGCAAUAUUUCAAUCAAUAAUGCAUGCAGCUCCCUCUUCCACUCAGCCUCUCUUAUAGAUUAUAGUCUCCACUGUUUCUUGAAAGCAAAUAAAACACCCAGAAGGCAAAAAGCAUUCUAAAUAAAUAAAAUCAAGAACCCAAAUCACAACAAGGAAGUGGAAAGGAGUUAGCUAUGGCAGAGGUGGUGAAUAAGAAGAAGAAGAAGAAGCCAUUAAAGCUGUUACUUUUCUUGUUUUUUGUGAUGGUGGAAUAUUCAGAGCAAAUGCUUCCCCUUUCACAGUUCCAAGCCAUUCAGAGGAUCAAACAGGAGCUGAGCUUCCCAGUGGAGCUAAGCAGUUGGAGUGAGAAUUCAGAUUUCUGCAACACUGAGCCACUCCCAAUCCUAACGCUGGUGUGCUAUGAAGAUAACAUAACACAGCUCCAUGUGGCUGGGAAUGGGGUUUUCCCUCAAUUUCCUCAGGACAUUUCCACUUCUUCCCUCUUCUCCAAUCUUGCUAGCCUCCCUAACUUGAAGGUCCUCUCUUUAGUUUCUUUGGGUCUCAGAGGCCCUUUGCCUCCAAGUAUUGGGCUUUUGUCUUCUCUGGAGAUUGUGAAUAUAAGCUCAAACUCCUUCAAUGGCAGCCUUCCAGUGGAGAUUUCAUCUUUGAAGAGCCUUCAGACACUUGUGUUGGAUAAUAAUAGGUUUUCAGGUCAGGUUCUUGAUUGGUUAGCUUCACUUCCUGCUUUGACUGUGUUGAGUUUAAAGAAUAAUUCUUUUGCUGGUUUAUUGCCCAGUUCUUUGACUAGUUUAGAGCUUUUGAGAAAUCUUGUUGUUUCUGGGAAUAAUCUGUCUGGGGAUUUGCCCAAUUUCCACAAUUUGUCAAACCUUCAAGUUCUUGAUUUGGAGGGUAAUAGUUUUGGGCCUAAUUUCCCUAGUUUGCCAACAAAGCUAGUGGCCUUGAUGUUGGGGAAGAACAAGUUUGGGUUUGGGGUACCAGAUGAAGUGGAGUCUUGUUAUCUGUUAACAAAGAUGGAUAUUUCUCACAAUGAGUUUGUGGGGCCCCUUCCACCAUCCUUGUUGUCAAUGCCAUCAAUUGAUUACCUUGACAUUUCUGGGAAUAAGUUCACUGGGAAGCUCUUCAAGAACAUGUCAUGUAACCCUCAGCUUUCUUAUGUGGACUUCUCAUCGAACCGCUUCACCGGGGAGUUGCCCGAUUGUUUGCAACCGGGUACUGGUCACAGGACAGUUUCGUACUCCGGUAAUUGCUUGUCAAGUAUGGAGCAAUGGCAGCAUCACGAGUCGUUCUGUCACAACGAAGCCCUGGCUGUUAGAAUCAUGCCUACCGAGCACAAGGAGAAACGGCCAUAUGCUAAAGUGGUUCUUGCAUCGAGUAUGGUGGGAGGGCUUAUCGGAGGAACAGCGAUUCUCGGUUUGGCGUUUCUUGUUGUGAAAAAGAAAUUUGCUAAGCAGCAGCAAAUUAACCGAACGCCCAAUGCACGACUGAUAUUGGAAAAGGUGCCACCUGCAAUCACGCUAAAGCUACUAAACGAUGCAAGAUAUAUUUCAGAAACAAGGAAGUUUGGACUGCUUGGCAUCCCCCCUUAUCGAACAUUUGUUUUGGAUGAGCUUAGGGAGGCGACAAAUAACUUUGACGUAGCAAAUAUACUAGGAGAAGGCUCUUGUGGCCAGAUCUAUAAAGGCAUGCUCACGGAUGGCACGGUGGUUGCCAUAAGAAGCUUGAAAACGAGGAAGAAGCAUAGCAUCCAGCACUAUACUCACCAGCUCGAGCUGGUUUCAAAGAUUAGGCAUUGCCACUUAGUUAGUGCUAUAGGCCACUGCUUCGAGUGCUAUCAGGACGAUUCCAGCGUCAGCAGAAUAUUUCUCGUGUUCGAGUUCGUACCAAAUGGAACACUGAGAGAAGUCAUAUCAGAGGGAAAUGCUGGGCAAAAGUUCUCGUGGUCGCAAAGGAUGACGGCUAUGUUAGGAAUUGCGAGGGGAAUUCAGUUUCUACACACGGGGAUAGUGCCGGGCGUUUUCUCAAAUCACUUGAAGAUAACAGAUAUCUUAUUGGAUCAUGACUUCCACGUGAAAAUUAGCAAAUACAAUCUGCCUUUGUUAGCUGAGAAUAAGAACAUGGAUGCUUUUGGUGCGUCUUCUAGUGGAGGGAAGGAGAAUGCUGCGCAGAGGAAAUGCCAAGAAAUUUUCUUAUUCGAGAUCAUUGAGUGCAGGUCAGCAUUUAAGGAGAAAGAUGAUGUCUAUGGCUUCGGAGUAAUUUUACUUGAAACCAUAGUGGGAAGGAAAAUGAUGACCGCAAAUGACAUUGAUGUCUCCAAAGACAUAUUAUCUGUAAGCUUAACAGCGGAUGAAUUGGCGCGAAGAAACAUUGUGGAUCCUACAGUCUGCAAGGAAUGCUCCGACCAUUCACUGAAGACCGUGAUGGAGCUUUGCCUAAGGUGUCUGUCAAAUGAGCAGUCGGAUAGUCCCUCGGUUGAAGAUGUGAUAUGGAAUCUGCAGUUUGCAGCUCAGGUUCAGGAGUCAUGUCGUCGGGACUCUCACAGCGCCCAGUGCUCUCCAGGCCACGUAGCGUUGGCAAGAUCUGCAUCUGAUUUGUUACAGUGAUGAGGGAGGGAGGGAGGGCUUUGCAUUGUGUACUGUGUUGUUGCAUGUUUAUAUGAAUGAUGAUAAUGGUUUUAGCUUUUUUUUUUUUUUCUUUAAAAGACUUUGGUAACACCAGUCAGUCAUAGUGUAUGUUCAUUUGGUUUUGUCUGUCUAACGUUAAUGAAAAGCCAGCACCUACAAUUUUGCUGAUGCAGAUAAAUGCAUUCUUUCAAGUUUCAAGGUUAA